AUGGAUCCGCACAAAGGAUAUUCCCUUUCAUCCCCAGACGCAGACGUCGCGGAGAAGCAGAUUAGGGAGCAGACAAUCUCUCCCAUAGAGAGUCAACGAGGUAUUCAUGGCAUCGAGUAUGAUGAAGGCUCUCGACUUCAUCGUGGCCUCAAGGCUCGCCACAUCACUAUGAUCGCCAUAGGAGGUGCUAUCGGUACUGGGCUGAUCAUCGGAACUGGCAAAGCUUUGGCGCAAGCAGGCCCUGGCUCUGUCUUCAUCUCAUACACCAUCGUCGGUUUCCUUGUCUACCUUGUCAUGUGUGCUCUGGGAGAAAUGGCUGCUUGGUUGCCCUUGUCGUCCGGAUUCACUGGUUAUGCCGCCCGAUUCUGCGAUCCUGCACUGGGAUUUGCUCUCGGCUAUACGUAUUGGUUCAAAUAUAUCAUUGUGACACCCAAUCAAUUGACCGCUGGGGCACUGAUCAUCCAAUACUGGGUGGACCGAGACCGCGUCAAUCCUGGAGUGUUCAUCGCCGUCUUCUGGGUUGCGAUCGUCUGUAUCAAUUAUUUCGGGAUUCGCUUCUUCGGCGAAUUCGAGUUCUGGCUGUCCACGAUCAAAGUGAUCGUUAUCAUCGGCGUCAUCAUCUUAUCCCUCGUCCUCGCCCUUGGCGGUGGCCCGGACCACGAUCGCAAGGGGUUUCGCUACUGGAAAGACCCAGGCGCAUUUGCAGAAUAUAUUGAAGAUGGUGCCACUGGACGUUUCCUCGCGUUCUGGUCCACCAUGGUGACGGCCACAUUCGCCUACUUGGGGACCGAACUGGUGGGUGUUACAGUGGGCGAGGCGCAGAAUCCUCGCAAAACCAUCCCGCGCGCCAUCAAGCUCACCUUUUAUCGCAUCUUGUUCUUCUAUUGUCUCAGCGUUCUGCUCCUGGGAAUGCUCGUUCCGUACGACAGUGAAGAACUCGCCUUCGCCAACAAGGCAUCGUCGUCGGCCUCGGCGUCCCCCUUCGUGGUGGCCAUAAAAUUGGCAGGCAUCAACGCGCUGCCAGGCAUUCUGAACGGGUGCAUCCUCCUGUUCGUCUUCUCAGCGUCCAACUCGGACCUGUACAUCGCGUCGCGCACCAUCUACGGGCUUGCAAGCGAAGGCAAGGCCCCGCAUAUCUUCAAACGCACCGACUCGCGCGGCGUGCCAGUCUACGCGCUCGGUGCGUCCGCGGCGUUCGCGCUGCUCGCCUUUAUGAACGUGUCGGACGACUCCAAGACCGUGUUCGGCUACUUUGUCAACCUGGUCACUAUUUUUGGGUUGUUGACUUGGAUCUCGAUCCUGGUGGCGCACAUCUGCUUCGUGCGCGCGCGCCGCGCCCAGGCCGUGCCCGACACGGCCCUCGCGUACACGGCGCCCCUGGGCGUCGCGGGCUCGUAUGGGGCGCUGGCGCUGUGCAUCCUAAUCGCGCUGACCAAGAACUUUCCCGUCUUCGUCGGCGGCUUCGACUACAAGAACUUCAUCACGGGGUACCUCGGCAUCCCCCUCUACCUGAUCAUGAUCUUUGGCUACAAGUGGUGGACGGGCUGUCGCGGCGUGCGUCCCGCUGAGGCGGACCUGUGGAGCGGCAAGGACGCCAUCGAUCGCGAGGAAGAGGAGUUCUUGGCCAACAAGGCCAGGAGGGAGGCCGCGAGCAAGGGACGUCGGAGCUGGUUCUAUAGAACCUUCGUCGCGUGGCUGUUUUGA